GCGCUCGACUCGGGUCCCUGCUGGACUGAGAGUGCCUUGCCAAUCCGCUGCGCACCGGAGCUUCGGAAUAGAUUCAUCUGCCUGCCGCCAGACAAACUCUACCGCCUCCAGCAUUCAUUGGCGCUCAGAUUUCAAGCAGUGGCUGGGAGAGCUUACUAUACGAAUACUCCAUACGGUCGCAUUGAUCCGUUUGGCAGCUCAACAACGCCUCAGCAGCGAAGAUUUUACACUACUGUAAGCGCUGAAAAAGCGGUGGCCGAAGCGCGCGACUCUUUGGCAAGGUCGUCUCGUCACGCAACCAUGGCCGAGAAGCAACCGCUCACCAACGGGUCGUCCUACGGCGCGACGACGAAGCCGCCGACGCCGACGGGAGCGCACAGCAUGGACCUCCUGCGCACGUCGAGCAGCAAAAAUCCGAUCAACACGUCGUCGAACGUAUUGCUCUUGUACCGGAUGAACGAACUGCAGCACCUUGGCCGGGUCAACUUCGGGCUGGCCGUCGGGACGCUUUUAUAUCUCGCGACGAACGUCGUGUUGUUCACGUUCAACGCGAUGGACCGCAACGACGACGCGUGCGGCGACCCGGAAGGCAUCAAGUACGCGCGCUGCGGGUCGCCCGUGUCACCGCUCCAGUUCCACAUCUACGAGUUCUGGGCCGGGUUCUUAUUUGCGUGCAUCGAGGCGACGUCGUUGAUCUUCACGCCUCGCGCAUUAGCUACAGUGAGCAAGAGGCCUGGUUUGUUACGGACAGUUUUGAUGUUCGACAUCAUGUCGACGUUCAUCGCCGCUAUUUUAGUGACGUUCAAUUUGGACGUCUUUGAAGUCCCAGCUCAUGAAAUCGAGUUCUCCAACGAGCUCACUUUAGCCCUAGUGAAUAUCAUCUUCCUGCGGUCGCUCGCGCGAGGAAGGGGAGAAAAGGGCGUCCUCGUCGCCUCGAUGGUAGCCAUAUGCGCGCCGCUCUUCCAGCUCGCCGUCUACAACUCUCCCUUGAAAUACGGCGAGCAGUACGCGCACGCCGUCGAGUUCACGUUCGGCGCCGCGAAUUGUUUUGUCACGUUCUGGUUCUGCCUCGACAACUGGUUCGUCGCCGAGGAGGAGCUGCGCUGCAUCAAGUACGGCGACCCCGUGUCCUGCCGGCACUGCAUCGUGAGCCACUCCCUGAAGAAGGCCGAGCUCGCGACGCACCGCGUCAACUCCCUCGUCUAAGCUGUGUAUAUCCUGUGACAC